UUCACCUCACCGAAGAAUGCAAACACGGAAGCGUAUUCUGUUCUGUACUCUAUAUAUUUCCACAUCUGUCUGAUCAGAAAUGUGUACUGGUUGUGUCCAGAAGCAAUAUCCCGACAGGGGUAACACCUGUCUGGAGAAUGGCUCAUAUCUCAUGAAUUUUCUGGGCUGUGCCAACUGUCACCAGCGGGACUUUGUGCUGAUCAGUGACCGGACGAUGGUGAAUGAAGAUGAGGAGGAGAUUGUCACUUACCUGCACAUGUGCAAGAACUGUGAACAUGUCAUAGCCAGACACGAGUACACCUUCACUGUGGUGGAUGACUAUCAGGAAUACACAAUGUUGUGUAUGUUGUGUGGGAAAGCAGAGGACUCCAUCAGCGUAUUGCCAGAUGAUCCCAGACAAACAGCACCUCUCUUCUAGAGCACGCACACACACACACAAUGUGAAAAAAGCAUUUACUGUAUGCAUGAUGAGGGAGUCUUGAUUCAAUCGACCUGCGCUUAACACUGGAGAACAACAGUCAUGUUUAAUCCAGGAAUUUAAUAACACAAUGCAUUGUGCUGUUUCUAGUGCUGCGAAAGUGGCAAUAAAACUCUCAGUACGACUCUGAUGCACGAAACCUUGUCCACACAAUGUAGCUUUUGCCAAUUACACGAGUCUGCAUAUUUGUUUGUCUUAUCAAGAGUGGUUCAAGUGGAUAAGCAGUGAAUUUUAACCCCAAAAAAGGAUUUUGCAUCUGUAUCUUGUUACAAUGCAGCACAUAAAAAAGGAGUGAAUUUGACAGAAAAUAUCUUGAAUGAUACACACGAGGUUAUAAAGCAGAAUCACGCUUGUUAGUACUAGUACUGAUACUAAUGUUCAAUGUAUGAUGUCACACAGUAUUUCUAGUUUUAAUGCAACAAAAUGUUUUAUGUUUUGUCUAAAUAAACAAAGCAAAAAGUUGA